UGGGCGGCUCCGACUGCCUGACGCCAGUGAGACCAGAUCAAUCCAGGCGCAGAGGCAGAGCGAGUGCGGGGCUGCCUGGCGGCUGCAGCCGCAACAGCAGCAGCCAGGGGAGGACGGAGGGAGCCAGCGAGCGGCCGCGGCGUUCGGUGCCUCCUCUGCCCGCUUCGCCGCCCAGCAGCCGGAAAGCUUUAGUCUGUGGAGUUUUGGAAAUCUGAUCAGAGCAAUAUAACACUUAUUUUUACAUAUUCGAGAGUAUUCUGAGAGUCAAGACUGACUUCCAUGACUUGCCCGUUAUACUCUAACCACACGUGGCGCUCUACUGAUGAGGUUCUUAACUCACCACAGCACUUGAUGGAGCACUUCACAGUACACAUAAGGAUAAAUCAUAUCCAGAGCGCAUUCAGUGGUGGUAAUUGAGUUUGAGUUCAUGAAAUAAUACAGCAAAUGUCCAGAUAACUUCAAGAGCAACAUCGUUAUCUGAUAACAUUUUCAUGACAAAAUACUUUACGGUGUUUCAUUUUAAUUGAAAGUACUCCAGGUGCUGGACUUCAGUUUGGAACACAAAGAUCACUUCUGUCAAGCUGGAAUGUUAGUUUCAGUUUCUCAAGACUUCAGAAUCAGAAAGCCAAAGGGAACAGUAUAAAUUAGGCAAACCUUUGGUGUCCAUUUACAUACAGGAUCUGCUGUGUCCAUUUUUCAGGGGGCAAUCUUUUCUGUUUCUUCAGUAUCCAGUGUGACUGAGUUGAUCACCAUGAAUGUGACAAGCUUAUUCUCCUUCACAAGCCCAGCAGUUAAGAGGCUGCUGGGAUGGAAGCAGGGAGAUGAAGAAGAAAAAUGGGCAGAGAAAGCUGUUGAUGCAUUAGUCAAAAAAUUAAAGAAGAAAAAAGGUGCUAUGGAGGAACUGGAAAAAGCAUUAAGCUGUCCAGGUCAGCCCAGCAACUGUGUUACAAUUCCUCGUUCCCUGGAUGGCAGGCUUCAGGUUUCGCACCGGAAAGGGCUACCACAUGUAAUUUACUGUAGAGUGUGGCGCUGGCCAGACCUCCAAAGCCAUCAUGAACUGAAACCACUGGAAUGCUGUGAGUUUCCCUUUGGUUCAAAACAGAAGGAGGUUUGCAUCAAUCCCUACCACUACAAACGGGUGGAGAGUCCUGUUCUUCCACCAGUGCUGGUUCCAAGACACAGUGAAUACAACCCUCAGCACAGUCUCUUGGCUCAAUUCCGCAACUUAGGACAAAAUGAGCCUCACAUGCCACAUAAUGCCACUUUCCCGGACUCUUUCCAGCAACCCAACAGUCAUCCAUUCCCCCAUUCCCCCAACAGUAGUUAUCCCAACUCUCCUGGAAGCAGCAGUAGCACCUAUCCACACUCUCCUGCUAGCUCAGACCCAGGAAGUCCUUUCCAGAUGCCAGCUGAUACUCCCCCUCCUGCUUACCUGCCUCCGGAAGAUCAGAUGACACAGGAUGGCUCACAGCCAAUGGACACCAACAUGAUGGCACCCUCAAUUCCCCCAGAAAUAAACAGAGGAGAUGUUCAGGCAGUUGCUUAUGAAGAGCCAAAACACUGGUGUUCUAUUGUCUACUAUGAGCUGAACAAUCGUGUUGGGGAAGCAUUUCAUGCCUCCUCCACCAGCGUAUUGGUAGAUGGUUUUACUGAUCCUUCAAACAACAAGAACAGAUUUUGCCUUGGGCUGCUCUCUAAUGUUAACCGGAAUUCCACCAUUGAGAACACCAGGCGGCAUAUUGGCAAAGGAGUUCACCUCUAUUAUGUUGGAGGAGAAGUGUAUGCCGAAUGCCUUAGUGACAGCAGUAUUUUUGUUCAAAGUCGAAACUGCAACUACCACCAUGGGUUCCAUCCAACCACAGUUUGUAAAAUUCCCAGCGGCUGCAGUUUGAAAAUUUUCAACAACCAAGAGUUUGCGCAGCUUCUGGCUCAAUCGGUGAACCAUGGCUUUGAAACAGUGUACGAGCUUACUAAGAUGUGCACUAUCCGUAUGAGUUUUGUAAAGGGUUGGGGAGCCGAAUAUCAUCGCCAAGAUGUAACGAGCACUCCAUGCUGGAUUGAGAUACACCUGCAUGGUCCCCUUCAGUGGCUGGAUAAAGUUCUUACCCAGAUGGGCUCACCUCAUAAUCCUAUUUCCUCUGUGUCUUAAAGGGUCCCAAGCUUCUGCAGUUUGGAAACUAUUGAGCCUUGCAUGUACUUGAAGGAUGUAUGAGUCAGACACAUUUAUGAACUGGCAGCAGCUGAAUAAGAGCCUUGAUAAUACUUGACCUCUGUGACCAACUUUUGGAUUCAGGGAAAAAGCGCAAAAAAAAAGCCUUUAACACACUGUUGGUGUCAAAAAUUUCAGUUUACAUUGUACCCGUCUCUUGUAAAAUUGAUACAUGCAAAUUGUUUAGCAGGACUUUGUGUAAUAGGGAUGACCAAGCUAAUAAUCUUUUAGACAGUGUUCCCAAGGAAUCUUCCUUGGCACUCUGAGGUUACCUUUCUUUUAUAUGUUCAGCAUUCAUUAUGUUCUCUGGGGUUGAUAGUCCAUAUUGAUGAAGUCUGCUUUCCACAGGCUUUCUACAAAAUAUUUUAAAACCAUUUGUCUAGUAAUAGUUUGCUGUUCUCUUGAAAGAAAGAAAUAAUGGGGUGGGAGGUUUAAUCAUGGUCAUGUGUAAUAAUCUUUAUGAAAUUGUGUACUGACCAUACUGCUGUAAGAAUAAUGUUAGGUAUGCUCUUUGCUAAAUGUAUGUACAGUGUAUUUGAAAGUUUAGAAUUAAUUCGCUUGGACUAGAGGAUUUAGGAAUAUUUGACUGGGGAAAAGGGGAGGGGGAAAUGGCAAUUGACAUGCAGAAUAUACUGUAAACAUAGCUUGUUAGUUUAAAGAAAUGAAACAGAGGUCUGAACUUUGCUGUGCAUUUCAUUAAUUUUUUUUAUAGUGGCUUUAUCUUGUUAACUCUGAUUAUUUUUGCCUCUUCCCUCCCCCCAAAAACAGUUUAUGUAGCUGGUUAAUUCAUAUAGUUGAGAAGAAGGCAAAAUUAAUCAUUCCUGCGGUCCUGAGACUGCAGCUCUGUAUAUUUCAAGACAAAUUGUACAGUCUGUUCUUGAAUUAUUGAGCGAUUUUAGGCAGUUUACAUAAAAGAAGUAAACUUUUAAUUGUGUAAAAGAAUUUUGUUUUGCCAAACCUAGUAACUGUUAAAUGUUUGGAGGAUUUAAAAACCCUGUUUGGAUCUAUUUCAAACUUUUUUUAAAAAAAUAUUUUUAAUUUUUUUACUGGUUUUUGUUUUUGUUUUCUGCUAAUCUUUUAUAUUCACUUACUCUGUAGUACUUUAAGUACUUUUAUUCCAAAACUAGUGGGUCUUCUUUACUGGAAGUUUUAAAUAAAACCAUUGUUAUUGCUUACUUUGA